AAGCCACUAAAAAGAGUCUUAAGACCUUUAGGCAUUUUAUUAUCGAAGCGGUAGAGCCACAGAAGGGAGAGAUAGGCAUAGCAAUGUCUGGUCACUCUGAAACCAGAGGCCCUCAAGCCAAGUCGCCUGCCGAGCAUGAACCCAAUUUCGACAUAACCAAAGCAGGGGAUGAGGAAUUCGAUGAUAGUCCAAUUGAGCAAGUGAGGCUGACGGUCCCACCCACCGAUGACCCAACACAACCGACCUUGACAUUUCGAACAUGGGUUCUUGGGAUAACAUCUUGUGCCCUCCUCGCUUUUGUCAACCAAUUCUUCGGGUACCGCCAAAAUCAGCUCUACAUAUCCUCGGUGUCAGCACAAAUUCUUGUGCUCCCCAUAGGGAAGCUAAUGGCUGCAUGGCUUCCAUCAAAGCCAAUACCAAUCCCCCUCACAAAGUGGUCCUUCUCAUUGAACCCGGGGCCAUUCAAUCUGAAAGAACACGUUUUGAUCACCAUCUUUGCCGGUUCUGGAGCCGGUGGAGUGUACGCAGUUUAUAUUUUAUCCAGUGUCAAGGCUUUCUACCACAGGGAUAUCCAUCCAGCUGCAGCCUUUUUGUUGGUACAAACUACUCAGAUGCUUGGGUAUGGAUGGGCUGGACUUUUUAGGAAGUACCUUAUUGACUCGCCUUAUAUGUGGUGGCCUGCAAACCUGGUCCAGGUCUCUCUAUUCAGGGCAUUGCAUGAAAAGGAAAAGAGACCCAAGGGAGGACUUACAAGACUACAAUUCUUCUUCCUGGUAUUUGUAGUUGGCUUUGCUUACUACCUCAUCCCGAGCUAUCUUUUCCCUUCAAUAUCAGCACUUUCCUUCGUUUGUUGGAUCUGGAAGGACUCCAUCACUGCCCAACAGAUUGGUGGAGGCAUCCAUGGCCUUGGAGUAGGCUCAAUUGGCCUUGACUGGUCUACUGUAGCUGGCUUCUUGGGCAGCCCUUUAGCCUAUCCGGGGUUUGCCAUCGUCAAUACUUUAGUGGGAUUUUUCUUGGUUGUCUACAUCAUUAACCCGAUUGCUUAUUGGAGCAAUGCAUAUGAUGCUAAAAAGUUCCCAAUAUUUUCCUCCCACACUUUCGACCAUACUGGUCAACCUUACAACUUAUCCAGAGUUCUGAAUUCCAAGACUUUCGAUAUUGAUUACGAGGGUUAUAAUAGUUACAGCAAACUUUAUCUAAGUGUCUUUUUUGCCUUCACCUACGGGUUGAGCUUUGCUACUCUAACAGCUACUAUUUCACACGUUGCCCUCUUCCAUGGAAGCGAAAUUUGGCAACUGUGGAAAAGGACUGCACUCGCAGCAAAAGAUAAUUUAUCGGACGUGCAUACAAGGCUGAUGAAGAAGAAUUAUGAACAAGUACCUCAAUGGUGGUUUCAUAUCAUCUUAAUUGCGAUGGUGGCUCUUUCCUUAUAUACUUGUGAAGGUUUUCACAAACAGGUCCAACUCCCGUGGUGGGGGCUCUUACUCGCUUGCGGGAUUGCGCUAUUUUUCACAUUACCCAUUGGAAUAAUUCAGGCAACAACAAACCAGCAACCAGGGCUAAACGUGAUUACAGAGUUGGUCAUUGGGUAUAUAUAUCCAGGAAAGCCUCUUGCUAAUGUGGCUUUCAAGACUUAUGGCUAUAUUAGCAUGGCACAAGCACUCACGUUUCUUAAUGACUUCAAAUUGGGUCACUAUAUGAAGAUCCCUCCAAAAUCCAUGUUCAUUGUACAGUUAGUAGGAACGUUGGUUGCUUCAAGUGUCUACUUCGGCACCGCAUGGUGGCUUCUUACGACUGUCGAGCACAUCUGUGACGUAUCAAUGUUGCCAGAGGGAAGUCCAUGGACAUGCCCUGGAGAUGAGGUUUUCUACAAUGCUUCCAUUAUAUGGGGAAUCAUAGGCCCUCUCAGAAUGUUUGGAAGUGAGGGUAUUUACCCAGGGAUGAACUGGUUUUUCCUUAUCGGCUUGCUGUCCCCUAUUCCAGGCUGGCUGCUCUCCCGCAAAUACCCCAACCAAAAGUGGCUUAGGCUCAUAAACAUGCCUAUCCUGCUUGGAGCUACAUCUGGAAUGCCACCAACAAGAGCAGUGAACUAUUGGGCUUGGGGAGCAGUUGGAAUUUUCUUCAAUUUCUAUGUCUACAAAAAGUUCAAAGGAUGGUGGGCAAGGCAUAACUACAUCUUAUCUGCUGCUUUGGAUGCUGGGGUUGCCUUUAUGGGAAUUAUCAUUUUCUUCGCCCUUCAAUCCAAGGAUAUCAACGGUCCACAAUGGUGGGGUCUGGACAUGGAUGACCAUUGUCCAUUAGCUUCAUGCCCCACAGCACCUGGGGUUGCGAUUGAGGGUUGCCCUGUUCUUUGAGAUACUUCUUAAGGAAAGGAAAUAUCAAAAGCAUAUGGCUUAUGUCUUCUCUUGCACACAUGAUGUUCCAUUCCAGGUCCGCCAAUGCUGACGAACGUUGAAGAUGAAGUAGUAAUAAAGUUCAUUAAUUUGAAAUUAGUUUCUUAAUAUAGGGAGGUAAGGCAUUGUACAGGAUCACUCCUUUUUUCCAUCCUUUUGUAAUUAAAUUAUUGUUAUUAUUAUUAGAUUACUUAUAUCUGGUUUUUAGAUGGACAUUCAAGAAUGUGAAUUUGCGCAUAUGACAGAAUAUUUAUUUGGUAUGGAAUACAAUUGAAAGGUUUAGUGGGAA